AGUUGGAAAAGCAAUCCCGCAAAUCUGGUUCUGCGGUCUCUCUCUCGAUCCAAGGUCAGUCCUCUGCUAGCAUAUUGCACGCUCUGCUAUGGCGGAAUCAGCAUCUGGUGACUCGUCCAACACCACUCCGCCUCCGGAGGGCAAACCAGCGGCUACCCAGCAUAAAAGUUGGGCUGAUGAAGCUGAGGAAGAAGUUCCACCAGAAACGAAUCCCGCUUCCAGUUCAUCAUCGGUGUCCUCGCUUAACGUUGACGGAUUAGCCAUCGACGAGAAUAAGAAGACUGCUAAGUUCUUGGACGAACCGGAGGACUCCAACAUUCAAGCGGUUUUUUCCGGUGAUACUCCAUAUACCUCGGCGAGCACCUUUGAAGAUUUGAAUCUUACUCCGGAGUUGCUAAAAGGAUUGUAUGUUGAGAUGAAAUUUCAGAAGCCUAGCAAAAUCCAAGCUAUCAGUUUGCCAAUGAUCUUGAGCCCUCCUUUUAAGGAUCUGAUUGCACAGGCACAUAACGGUUCAGGCAAGACAACAUGUUUUGUGCUUGGGAUGCUAAGUCGUGUUGACCCGAACCUGAGGGCUCCUCAAGCUCUUUGCAUUUGUCCAACUAGAGAAUUAGCUAUUCAGAAUACGGAAGUUCUUCGAAAGAUGGGGAAAUACACUGGGAUUACUUCAGAAUGUGCCAUACCAGCAGACAGCAGAGAUACUAUUCCAAUAGCAAAACGGGCACCUAUUAUGGCACAAGUAGUAAUUGGGACUCCUGGAACAAUUAAGAAGUGGAUGUCAUAUAAGAAACUUGGUGCCGCCAGAUUAAACAUUCUUGUCUUUGAUGAGGCUGAUCAAAUGCUUGCAGAGGAUGGUUUUAAAGAUGAUUCUUUGAGGAUAAUGAAAGAUAUAGAAAGAGUCAAUUCUAAGUGUCAGGUUCUUCUGUUUUCUGCUACAUUUAAUGAAAUUGUCAAGAAUUUUGUUUCGAGAACGGUUAAGAAGGAUCACAAUCAACUUUUUGUAAAGAAAGAAGAGCUAUCUUUAGAGGCAGUGAAGCAAUACAGGGUGAAUUGCCUUGAUGAACUCUCUAAGAUUGAAGUGAUCAAAGAUUACAUCUUUGAAAUAGGAGAGAAUGUGGGCCAAACUAUCAUAUUUGUGCGCACAAGAAAUAGUGCGAGCAUGUUGCACAAAGCUCUCGCUGAUUUGGGCUACGAGGUCACUUCCAUACAAGGCGCUCUUCAGCAUGAGGAAAGAGAUAAGAUUGUCAAGGAGUUCAGAGAUGGUUUGACUCAAGUUCUGAUAUCAACUGAUGUUCUUGCCCGAGGCUUUGAUCAACAACAGGUUAAUUUGGUUAUUAAUUAUGAUCUUCCAUUGAAAUAUACUGCGGAGUAUACUCGUGAACAAGAGCCCGAUUAUGAGGUGUAUUUGCACAGGGUUGGGAGAGCUGGACGUUUUGGGCGCAAGGGGGCUGUAUUUAACCUCAUAUGUGGUGAAAGGGACGCAAAUCUCAUGGCGAAGAUUGAGAAGCACUUUGGCACCCAUUUAACUGAGGUCCGAGAAAAAAGCGUUGAGGACUAUAAAGGAGCUCUUAGGGAGGCUGGUUUAUUGCAAUGAUUUGAAGCCACAUUUGCUAAAGGGAAUCUAGAACAUUCUGUUGAAUUUAAAUUCACCGAUCAGUGGCUUCUCUUUUAUUUGUUUAUUUUUCAAAAGGGAAUAUAUCGUAUAGUGGUGGAUAUUGUUCUCCGAAAUGUGUUUGAAUAGUGUGUUUGUAAUGGGGUUAAUCUUCAGAGUGAACUUCAACUUUCAUUUUAGCUAUGCAACUCUUUGGGUGAUGCCGACCACAAAGAA